GGUAGCAUAGCGGUGAUGAAUUUUGUAAAUUAAUAGGAACGUUGGAGUUUUGUUUAUGUUCAGUGCGGAUGGGUCGUUGUCGCUAGUUGUUUUUGUGUGGGCUAGGUGCGGGUUAAAGUAUAUACCGCAAUAACAUGUUUAAUGUUGCAAAACUUCAACAAUUGCUUCACAGCAGACGCAGACGUGAAGAAAAUACUAAGCUUAUCGUUGGCAUGACAAUAUUUUGCGGCUUAGAUUCAUGUAUGGCUGUGCUCGGUAAAAUUCAAAAUUAAAUUGUGAUUUUUACAGGUCUGCUGGCAAUUCGUAGUUACAGCAGUUACGUGAACUGAUGUGAAUCCGAUAGUGAUUAAUCGUAUCAGUCUAAUUAAUGUGUGUGUUUGUAUUGCUAUAUGUGCGGUUUUUUCAAGUCUCUGUUGAUUAUCAACAGUACCUGGGAACAAGAAACCGACUCCAAGAACUUGAUGCCCGAGAAUUCUGAUUGUCGGCCCAUGAAGGAAGAACCUCUGAACUAUUUCUCGCCAGUCGACGAGGGGCCCGAAUGCUUCACAGCUGCAAAAGAACGCAACAAGUGUGCUGCUAAAUUUCCAGUCUCGGAAGUGACAGAAACUCAGAUGUUUGAGUUUGUGGCUGUCAAACAGGAAUGGGUUGAAGAUGAUGUGAAGGAUGACGACUGGAAUGAAGCUCAGGAGCCUCAGAAUGCAGCUGUAGAGGAAGAUGGGAUUCACGCCAAAACACGGCCAUCUGAGUGGCGCAUAUUGGAGGAACCUGAAUCGGCAGAUACAGCAGUGGGCAAUGCAAGGUUUAUCCCACAAGGCCAGGACGGUUGCACUACUGGAAAAUGUGCCACCAUAUGCACCAGAACUGACGAGAUACCGUUUAGUGACAGUAAUCGCAGUGGCAGCUGGAAAGAACGUGACAGAAAUGAAAGGAAUACACACCUACUCUCAGGACAGGUAGUGGACUCGGAGAGGCAUAAUACCCAUAAAGACAGCUAUUCUGCUACAAGUACUGUGUUAAGUGACGGAUUCUGCAAGGACGCCUCUGACGCAAAUUCGGACUGCUACCAGGUAAACGACAGUUGCGAGAGGCUCUCGCCCUCGACGAACGACAGUGUCGCCGGGCAGCCGUCACUUUCGCCUGACGAACGGGACGUCUUCACGUGCGACGUCUGCCGGGAAGUGUUUGUCGACAAGAGGAUCUUGAGGACCCACGUGCAACAGCACCUGCUGAAAUGCGACAUCUGCCACAAGACCUGCCGCGACGCCAACGGCCUCGAGGUGCACUACCGCACACACACGGGUGAGCGACCCUACUGCUGUGACACCUGCGGCCAGACGUUCUCGCGCAGUGAUCAGCUGAGGCUGCACUCGCUGCAGCACACGGGUGAGCGUCCCUACCGCUGCGAUACCUGCGGCAAGGCGUUCUCGCGCAGCAAUAAUCUGAGGCAGCACUCGCUGCAGCACACGGGUGAGCGGCCUCACGAGUGCGGCGUCUGCCACAAGAGGUUCACCAACGGCAGCAACCUGGCGCAGCACUCGCGCAUCCACACGGGUGAGCGGCCUUACCGCUGCGACUACUGCGGUAGGUCGUUCACACAAAGCAGGAACCUGAAGGUACACCUCCGUAUGCACACGGGUGAGAGGCCAUACCGCUGCGACACCUGCGGAAAGUCAUUUACGCGAAGUAGAAGUGUGAAAGUACACCACCGCCCGCACACGGGUGAGUGGCUGUACGCCUGCAACGCGUGUGGCAAGGCAUUCGUCAGUGGCGAUACCUCGCAAAAACCUGGGCGCGUCCCAAUGCGAGAGGAGUCCUGAAACUGCACCGUCUUCGAGAAGCGCUUUGCACGGAGGAUGAGUCUGAAUCGUCAUUUGUGCCUCCGUACUAUCAGAAAUACCACCAGAGAUUCCAGAAUGAGAUUUUCACUCUGCAGCGGUGUGUGCGCUGAUAUGAAACUUCCUGGCAGAUUAAAACUGUGUGCCAGGCCGAGACUCGAACUCGGGACCUUUGCCUUUUGCGGGCAAGUGCUCUACCAACUGAGCUACCCAAGCACAACUCAUGGCCCAUCCUCACAGAUUUACUUCUACCAGUACCUCGUCUCCUACCUUCCUACACCACGGGGCGUGAGUCAUGCUUGGGUAGCUCAGUGGUAGAGCACUUGCCCGCGAAAGGCAAAGGUCCCGAGUUUGAGUCUCGGUCUGGCACACAGUUUUAAUCUGCCAGGAAGUUUCACCACCAGACAUAUCAUACCGACAGAGUGAAGAUGAGUUUUAUAAACUUGCCGUGCAUCUUAAAAUUUCACACUGAAACGUCCCCAUUCUAAUUAUUACUGCUGUAAGAGGAAUUCCAUUAUAAAGUCAAAUCACACCAAAUUAAUUAUUUACAGCAGCUUCAGGUAGAAUGUGAAGCUUAUUUGCAGGUUUAAAUUUUUUUAGAACAUAAUGUGUCACAUUGUUAUCAAAAGUACGUAACUUUUGUGGUUCAAAUGGCUCUGAGCUGAGGUCGUCAGCCCCCUAGAACUUAGAACUACUUAAACCUAACUAACCUAAGGACAUCACACACGUCCAUCCCGAGGCAGGAUUCGAACCUGCGACCGUAGUGCUCGCACGGUUCCAAACUGUAGCGCCUAGAACUGCUCGGCCACUCCGGCCGGCUAAUUUCCUCCUUCAGUCCUCUUGUAAUAUUAGUGGUCUCAUCUGCUUACUACUGAAAACAAAAGUAAAGAGUACUGUCUAUUUUGAGUAUUACAGCAUCUAAUUUUGUGUUGUAUAACUGGAUAAUUGUUAAAUAAAACUCAAAUAGCACUUCAAA